AUGGAGGUCCCCGCUGCCGCCACCGAGUCCCCCGCGGACCAAGCCCUCCAACCGCCCGGCGUCCUCUGGCGGCGCGGCUGCCUACGGGGCUUGCGGGGCGCGUUGCCCUCGGACCUGCGGCGGGAGGCGGCGGAGCUGGCGGCGCUCGCGGGCCCCGUGUUCCUUGCACAGUUGAUGAUCUUUCUCAUUAGCAUCGUCAGUUCCAUAUUCUGCGGACAUCUGGGCAAAGUCGAGCUGGAUGCUGUUACACUUGCUGUCUCGGUUGUGAAUGUUACAGGGAUUUCGGUUGGAACUGGCUUGGCCUCUGCUUGUGACACAUUGAUGUCUCAGUCCUUUGGAGGCAAGAACCUAAAACGUGUUGGGAUCAUACUUCAAAGAGGAAUCCUCAUCUUGCUGCUGUGUUGCUUCCCUUGCUGGGCCAUCUUCAUCAAUACCGAGAACCUCCUCCUGCUCCUGAAACAAGACCCUGAAGUGGCCAGGAUAGCCCAAAUUUAUGUGAUGAUUUUCAUUCCUGCUCUUCCUGCAGCAUUCCUGUUCCAACUGCAGACAAGAUAUUUACAAAGUCAGGGCAUCAUCAUGCCCCAAGUUAUUACUGGGAUUGCAGCGAAUAUUGUCAACGUGGGCAUGAAUGCCCUCCUGAUGUAUGCCCUGGACCUUGGAGUGGUAGGAUCUGCUUGGGCCAACACCACCUCCCAGUUCUUCCUGUCUGCUCUUCUUUUCCUCUAUGUGUGGUGGAAAAAAAUCUACAUCGACACCUGGGGAGGUUGGACGAGAGAGUGCUUCCAAGAGUGGGGCGCCUACAUCCACUUGGCUAUUCCCAGUAUGUUCAUGCUGUGCAUCGAGUGGUGGACCUUCGAGAUCGGAACCUUCCUCGCAGGGCUGAUUAAUGUGACUGAGCUUGGAGCCCAGGCUGUCAUUUAUGAACUGGCCUCUGCAGCCUAUAUGGUGCCUUUUGGCUUUGGUGUGGCCGCCAGUGUCCGAGUGGGCAAUGCAUUGGGAGCAGGGAAUGCUGAGCAGGCUCGGUGCUCCUGUACCUCUGUUCUGUUGUGUGCGAGUGUUUGUGCACUUGCACUGGGAGUUCUGCUAGCAGCUUUGAAGGAUGUGGUUGCCUACAUUUUCACCAGUGACAAGGAUAUUAGUUCCCUUGUGAGCCAAGUGAUGCCGAUUUUUGCUCCCUUUCAUUUAUUUGAUGCACUUGCAGGCACCUGCGGAGGAGUGCUGAGAGGUAUAGGAAAACAGAAGAUUGGUGCUAUCUUGAAUGCCAUUGGUUACUACAUUUUUGGUUUUCCAAUUGGAGUGUCUCUGAUGUUUGCUGCUAAACUUGGGAUAAUAGGUCUCUGGUCUGGACUGAUAGUUUGUGUCUUCUUUCAAGCCCUUUUCUACUUGAUAUACAUCCUGAGGACAAACUGGAAUAGAGUUGCAGAACAGGCACAGAUUCGUGCUGGGCUAAAAGGUACUAAAGAGACUCUACCGACCACAACAGAUCUCCCAAACCUUGAAAGAGAAACAACUGAUGGAGUGAUUUUGCCUGAUAUCAUCAGACCAGAGAGCCAGAUCAGCCAACUCAUGUCACUGGAAGAAAACAACCAGUAUGCAGUGCCAACCAUUGGGGAUGUCUUGACAGUGAAACAGUUGAUACUCUAUCGUGGAAUGGCUUUAGCUGUGGCUAUUGCUGUCCUUUUAGCAGGAAUUUUAGUAAGAAUUUUCAAUGACCGUGGAUAA